AUGAAAAACAGUUUGUGGCUAGCUGUGGUUGUGGUUGCGGUAGUCGUUGUCCUGCUUGGGCUGGCUUUUAACGGCGAUCCCCGCAGUGGUCUUGCCCAGGGAGGCUUUACCAACCCAUUCAAUAUUGACCCGGCUACCAACGAGCGCAGCUAUCCAGCCAUCACUUCUUAUGCAGCCGCUACGGCAAGGAGGAACCUGGAGGUUGUCACUGGAGCAUUGGGGAUACCGCUCAAAUUUGAAGUCCAACCGGAAAUCACCACGAGCGACGACUUUGCUAACCCGGCCGUGCUCCAAGCCGCCAUGGACGAGUAUGUGGCGACACGCUCCGGCCCACUCACGGUAGUCAGCGUGAGCUCAGCGUUGCUCUCACUCCCACAGGUCGGCGGGUCCUACUCGGCCCUGCGCGAGAACCCAGAGAGCCAAGCGUUCGAGGCCGAGCGGCCCGAGUUCGCGGCGCAGUACGCACUGCUCUGCGAGGGCCUGGACGUUCAACGACACGGCGACCCAGGAGAUCUCGCUGGCGGGGGGGAUCUCACCGCAGCUAUCGGCAGAUAG